AAAUGUUGAUUUUAUCAGAACCUCUUGAAAAUGUUUUAAUCAAAUUUUCCAAUUUUCUAUCUAUUCUCUCUCAGUAACAACUUUUAUACUCAAAACAUCAAUAGCCAAUUUUUCAAAAAAUGUUGAAAUAACUUGAUAUGAAUAUUUUCAUAAAUAAAAUUAUAAAAUAUACAAUAUUUGGUGUGUCCUACGAUUUUUUAAGUAUCCCAAAACAUUUUAUAGAGAACUUUUAUGAAUAAUCUAUUUUCUAAUAAUAUCAAGUGUGCAGCGCGGCUCUUGAUCGAAAUUUAGGUUAUGUUUAUCUUUUGCGAGUUCUGCUUCUAAUAGUUCUAAUCCUGAUUAAUAAUUAUUUCUCUUAUCAAAUUCUAUCGAAAAUCACGGAUUCCUAGUCCUCAUAAUUUAUUACAAGUUUUUUCUCAAUUGUCAUAGAUUACUUACUUCCCAAUUAUCUAUUCAAUUUACCUGCUGUUUUAUUGUCUAGUUAUAUUAAAAUGAUUGUUUUGUUUUGAUCGCUUUUUCAAUUUGGCUCUAUUAAUCAAAGUUUUCUAAGAUUACAUCAUGAAAAGAUCGUUUGAAUUCAACAACAUUGUGGCUCCAGAAACUCACAGUAAAGUUCAAUUAGUGGAAAGAAAUGCAGAACCUUGUGGUUUGAAACUGAACAACGUAACGUCAGACAUUAGAGAUGUUUCUUUGGAGAUUGCGGCACUUUCUGGAGAACUUGCUAAGGCCGAUCAAUUAGCUCAAACAGUAGCAUUUGGCAAAUUGGAAAUGGUCGCUGAACAGCUGAAAUUUUUGAAGAGUCAGACUUACAGUGUUGUGGUGAAACUUCGUGAGGGCUUGAGCUUAAAUCAUGUCGCUUGCAAUUUCAAAAAGAUUCCAGGCAGCAUCUACCAUUUAUAUCAGAGGCCUUCCGGACAAAAGUACUUUUCAAUGCUCUCUCCAGAGGAAUGGAACGGAGCUGCGCCUCAUGAUUUCCUCGGAUCAUUCAGACUAGAGCAGGACAUGACGUGGACACCUGCAUCAGAAAUAGAAGCCAGGGACGCCUCUAGAGAGCCAAGUCUAAAAUUGCUAAAGGCGGCCAUUCUGUCCGAACCCAAUUGUGAUGCCAUUUGUGACAAAAUGGUUAUUGACUAACAAUAAGUAUGGAUUCUCAAAGGAUUUUCAAGUGGCCUUGUGCUCAAUAUUGUAUUUUAAAGUAGCUUAACUGUUUUAUAUCAAGGUCCGGUUGUACAGAAGCUUGUUGAAUUUUAAUCAUGAUUAAAUGCUAAUUGAAGAAUGUUAAGUGACACAUAACCUAUCUACAUUUGGACUGUUGUAUAAAUUAGAAUUGGAACCGUUCUGGGCUUAUAAGCCUGUGGUACUUUUCUGUAAGUUGUGCGAUUAUAAAUUAUUAAAUAAAUAAAUGGAUGAAUGCCACAAUAACCAAUCAGAGAAGACUUUAAGGGCCGGUUGAAUUCUAAUAGUGAUUAAUUUCACGAGAACCAAUCAGAAAAAGCUUUUUAAAAAAAAAGGCUUCUCUGAUUGGUUCUUGAGGCAUUUCACGAUUUAAAUUUAACAGGCUUUUGUGCAACCGAGCCUUAGUGUUUCAUAAAGGAGUUGGCAAUUUCGAUGGUCAAUAAAAACUUAUUUAAAUAAGAUUCAGAGCUGUAACUAGUCUUGUUUGAAAGGAAACCAUUUCAAGUUUUUACUCGAGAGUUUGUUAGAGAUAUGACGCGCCGUAACAAGUGCUAGGAGUAUUUACGUAAAAAUAAUAAUAAUAUCGAGUGACCUGGCUUGCUCAGAUCUGGUAUUCAGGUCGCAACUGAUCAAUUUCAGAGCCUCUGACAUGACCUAACGACUGCUUUUUAGAGAAGCCGGGACCGACGAGUUAACGUGUCCAUCCGAAACACGGGAGUGGCCCGGGAAACUAGUAUUUAAAAAUAGCUUCACUAAUCCCUUCUCUGAACCUGAAAGUUCUACAACCUUUUUCCCCAAGAGAAACAAAAUCACAGAGUUUGUUUACCUGGUUGUUUUGAGAUAGUUUUCGAUACCAAACAUCAACCAACAAUGAAUAGAUUGCCUCAUGCAAGAUGGAGCACCACAACACUAUCUGUAAUUCUUCAUUAGAUGCUACAAGAACCAAUUUAAUUUUAAGAUACAGUGAUAUGACAAUAUCACUGUCUUCCAAGCCCAGACCUAGUGGAGGCAUUCAUUUUUAACGUUGACACAUAAAUACAGGGUGUUUGGAAAAGAACUCCCUAGUUUUAAUGUGUCAUAGAAUCUGUAUAAAGUGAUAUAGAAUAUUCUAGUUUGUAGUAUUUGAUUCAGCAACUGUCCAAGUUUUGUCCCCCUGCAGUUGCAGACCCACCAACAAGAUGGCGCUCCUCCUCAUUACAAUAACCAUGUGCGCGUGGCUCGAGACACUUGCUUUCCGGGAAGGUGGAUAGGUAGAGAUGGCCCAAUUGCUUGGCCACCACGGAGCACGGACUUAGCCCCUCUGGACUCUCUCUUUUGGGGGCACAUAUAAAAUGUUGUAUACAGUGGAAAAAUCCGAGACAUAAACCAUUUACGGGAAAGAAUUGUCACGGCGGUUGGGACAGUUACACCUGAUAUGUUGGUAAAUACAUGGCGAGGACUUGAAUAUCGUCUCGACGAGUGCAGGGAUCCCAUAAGUGGAUCCCAUGUUGAAGUGUACUCAUGUGGAACAAAACUUGAAGAUUCUCUCUUUCAUUGUAUGUAUUUGUUGAUGUAGUUUUUCAUUAAUUUACACAUUAAAUUUAUACCUAAAACUAGGGAGUUAUUUUUCAAACACCCUGUACUGGCAGCUCUUUUUUAGGUGCAAUUUUACACUAUAACAAACUAUUCUAGUAAGAACUUGAUCUGUUUUCCUUUAAAACAAUACCUUUUACAGAUCUGUAUCUUAUCUAGAUAAAUUGUUAUAAAUCAUCUAAUCCUUUUUGAGGACACUCUAUAUUAUUAGACGAUCAUGAAUCAUAUUAUAUGAUGAAGUACCUGGAACUGGCCAUUCAAUCUUGUAUUUAUUUCAGGCUACUGUAUUUUUAGGGCGUGGAAAUAAUAUUUCUGUGUAACAGUCUACUUUAAUCAUGCUCUUGAACUAUUAUUUUUAUUGUAUGAACUAUGAAAUGAAUAUAAAUUGAAUUAUUUCCAAUCUA